GUUGCCCUCAAGAUGUGACGGAACCAAAUCAGUGCAGUGGUUAGCUACGAUGUCAUCGGAGAAGGCUAGAGACGCAUUUGUUCACAUGGUGGAAGUCGCAACCACACUCCCUGUCCCCAUUGUGGAGGACAUAGAUGGGUCAAAUGAAUCAAGCAAGGAGUCUCAUAUAAAAGAGGAUGAUUAUAGCAAGCCUGGCAUAGUGGGCGAAGAUGGGGGUGCUAUUGAUGAAAAUGAUGGUGUUACUAUUCAAAGUGACAGCCAUCUUACAAAGUACGAGGUUCCAGCAAGUAUCUUCAAGAUGACAAAUGCAAAUAAGAAGCAAGUGGACAACCUCAUUUCAUUUGAUGACACCAUUAAGUUGUUUGACCUUGUGGAUGUGGUCAAGACGGAGCACCUGGUUUCACCGAGAGCAACUACAUAUGCUAUGCGCCCCGUGUCCUUUUUCCACCACUUUACUGCAAAAGCCACGCUGGUUAAAGAUUCAAAGAAUGGACUGCUCCUUUGGUUCAGCAUUCUUUCUCCGGUCCUAAAGCACGAUUUUGGGUCAUUCAGUGCGGGUAAUCGCUUCCGGUCUAUUUUGCCAGAAGCUCUGUUUCUGCAAUUUGCAAAAUCCGGUGAACAUUCCGUUUUUACGGCGAAGACCAUAAUACCCUUUACGCUCAACUGUAGCUCGAAAAUCCAGUGUCCUCCAAUGUCUGCGGCUCCGCCACCAGCAGCAGAAACCCUAAUGCCUCCGACAAUCUCCCCGGAGGACUCAUCGGAGCAACUCCAUUCGCCAGAAGUCCGACCCGAAAGGGAACCCGGCACCGAAACCAACCAGCCGGAGAAGCGAAAACGGGAAGAAGUAGAACCGGACCAACCUCCGCAGAACCCACUCUGGAAGACGACUCUCUGCUCAUACUUCCGGCGGUCGAACGGGUCAUGCAGCCACGGGGAUUCUUGCCGGUACGCCCACGGAGAGUCGGAGCUCCGACCCCGACCCGACAACUCAUGGGACCCGACCUCCGAGCGGGUGAAGAAGAUGGCUAGGCUAGACGGCGAGGAUGCCAGCACAACUGAAGAUGCUGAUAAAGAGAGAGGCAAUGAGGUCAUGAUGACGGACGCUGUUGCCGAGGAGGAUGGUUCUUCCUCAGAUUCCAAGUUAGCCAAGUGCUUUGUGAAUCUUCCUAUGAAGUGGGGUUCUGAUAAAUUGAAGACUUUCCUCAGAGAACAUGCUAUUCUCUUCAAAACAGCCAAGAAGAAGGAAGGCAUGUUGGUGGGAUUUGUGACUUUUGAAAAUGCAGAGCAAGUGAGAAUUGCUGAGGAGCUAGAAGGAACAUGUGUUGGAAACAAGACAUUGAAGGUUGCUGAUGUUAUUCCUAGGUCAUUUGAAAAACAGAACAUAAUCAACAGUGAUUCUGUAGUGAAGGCCAGGAGUGUCCGUAGUGUAGUGACUCCGCUUGCAGAUAUGCCAUAUCCUGACCAAUUGGACCACAAGAAGAGCUCUUUAAUUCAAACCUUAAAAAAACUUACCCGAAAUGCGCGCAAAGCUUGUCCAAGUGGGGUGUCACUUCCAGAAUGGAUUAUGAAUUCAAGAGAAAUAGGCGGCCUACCAUGCAAACUGGAGAAUGUAGUGUCAUCCCCAUGCAUUAAUGGGUAUCGAAACAAGUGCGAGUUUUCUGUUGGCUAUUCCCUAAAAGGAACACCAUGUGUUGGAUUUCAACUUGGCAAUUUCAGGGAAGGUGUGACAGCUGUUGAGGAGCCUUUGGAUUGCCCUAAUGUAUCCCAGGUUGCUUGUAGAUAUGCUUCUAUCUUUCAAGAAUAUCUGCAACACACAUCCCUACCCAUAUGGAACAGAUUGAACAAUACUGGAUUUUGGCGUCAGCUUACGGUUCGGGAAGGUAGAACACCUGGAAGAAUGGCUGAGGAUGAAAAUCCUGAAUUGCCAAAUAUUUCAGAGGUCAUGCUCAUGGUUCAGAUCUGCUCAGCUGGGCUUGAUAGUGAGGUGGUUGAUAGUGAACUGCAGAAGAUGGCCAAAGCCUUUGCUCAUGGGGCUUCUACAGAAUUUCCAGUGUUACCCCUUACAUCUUUGGUAGUUCAGGACCACACUGGUAUAUCAAAUGUAGCUCCAUCGGAUGCUCCUCUUAGAUCUCUUCCUAUCUUAAAAGAAGGAAGUGAUAAUGGAACUGCAGCGGCUGGUGAAACUCCUGAAGCAAAAAUUCAUGACUAUAUAAAUGGUCUUCGUUUUUGUAUAUCACCCACAGCUUUCUUUCAAGUAAACACCCUUGCAGCAGAGAAGCUGUACUCCCUUGCUGGAGAAUGGGCCGGUCUGGGUCCCGAGACAUUACUUUUUGACAUAUGCUGUGGAACUGGUACCAUUGGCCUCACUUUAUCUCAUCGUGUUGGCAUGGUUGUGGGGAUUGAAAUGAAUGCAUCUGCAGUUCAGGAUGCUCAAAGGAAUGCAGAUAUAAAUGGCAUUAAAAACUGCAGAUUUAUUUGUGCAAAGGCAGAGGAUGUUUUGGGUUCUGUACUGAGAGAGUACUUGGGCACACUUCAAAUACAGGAAGAUCCGCCAGAGAGAUCAAACAAGAAUGACUCAGAAAAAGAUGCAAGCGUGGCUGAGCUACUAGAAAAUGGCAUCAAGGAUACUGAAAAACAGCUUCUAACUCAAUCUGUAGAUGAAUUGACUGAGCCGGUAAACAAGAAUGAUCCGGGAAAUUCCCUCAGCCAAACUAUUGUCGUUCCAGAAGAGGACAAAAAUGUCCCUGACCUUGAAAGUGAUAAAAAAGUGGCUGAAGAAAUGACUGGAGAUAGCAACAAAGAUAGUGAAGAGAAGUUGCCCAAUAGUAGCGCUUUGGUAAAUACCACCACAAAAGUUCAGACAUUUAAAAACAUUGUUGCAAUUGUUGAUCCUCCACGAAUGGGACUUCAUCCUACUGUUACCAAAGUUCUGAGAACCAAUGAACGUCUAAGGAGGCUUGUUUACAUUUCAUGCAAUCCUGAAAGCUUGAUGGCAAAUGCUAUUGAGCUUUGCACGCCAUCUGCGGAUUCAGUUGAGAAAGGGAACAACAAUAAUAAUAGAGGGUGGAAGAAUAUGAGCAAUGCCAGUCUUGCUCGACAACGCACCAAGUCCAUGCCUAAAUCGGAGCCUUUCAAACCAGUCAAAGCCAUAGCUGUCGACCUUUUCCCUCAUACUCCCCACUGCGAGUUGGUCAUGCUUCUUGAGAGGUAAUCAAACCAUCCUCUAAUUCUGCUUCGGUACUUUUCUCCGUUUGGUACUUCAUAAGUUUAUGUGGUUGAGUAUCUUGAAGCAUAAAAUCUUUUUUGAUUUCGGGAAUGAUCAUAGGUAUAGGUUCAAGGUUUUUUUUUUUGCUUUUCUUAUUUUAUGAAAAUGAUCAAUUUUUCAGCACUUUAAUGUUCUACAUUUUAUUCUUGUUCUAUAAAUGCAUAAAGUCUAUAACAAAUU